AUGGGUAGAAAGCCUAAAUAUCCUUGUGGAGUAUGCUCCAGGGCAGUUACUACAAGGACUACAGGAGUGCAGUGUGAAGGAACCUGUCUGAAAUGGUUUCACGCCGAAUGCAUUGGCUUAACAUCUACCGAGUAUGUAGCAUUUGAUUCUAGCUCUAUCGUAUGGAUCUGCAACCACUGUGGGGCUCAAAAUUUGGCUCAUUCCUGUCUCUCAAGCUUGCAACUCAGUCCAGACACCAACAGGUUUGGAGUGCUUGAUCCUGAUGGCCAAAAUGUCAUCAGCGAGGAAAACUCAAAUUCAUGUAGGCCUACAUGUGACUCAUCAAACCCAUCAUCUCCUGGUUCACCCGCCUACUCAUCGUCGCCCCAAAACAUCAAGCAAAGGCGGUCUAAGCACAAACCUCGACCUAGAGUGCUAAGAUUUCUCAAUGUGAACUGCCAGAGUAUACGUGCUAAGAUGCAACCAUUUUCCAUCUUGGUUCAUCAACACAACCCUGACAUAGUCAUUGGUACAGAGUCCUGGUUGUCUGAUGGCAUCAACAGCAAUGAAGUAUUCCUUGACGAGCAAUACAGCAUCCUACGUAGGGACCGUUCAAAUGACCCACAUGGAGGGGUGUUUAUUGCCACCAAGACUGAUUUGAUCGUUACAAGAGAGGAAGAACUGGAGACUGACUGUGAGAUACUGUGGUGUCGUAUUGAAAUGGCAGGGAGCAAAACACUUCAUGUUGCAGCUUACUAUCGACCAAAAGAAGAUGAUGAAGUCAGCCUCGCUGAGCUGCAACGGUCUCUUUCCAGGUUAGAUAGAAGACACCUGGUUGUACUUGCAGGAGAUUUCAACCUACCUGGAUGGAAGUGGGAUGGCCCUUAUGUUGGUCCCUGUGCUUACCCUGCCCUUCAUCAUCAGUUUGGGGAAAUUAUAAACGAUCACGGUCUUACCCAACUUGUCAAAGAGCCUACUCGACAAGCGAACACUCUUGACUUGAUACUUAUCAGCAAUCCAACCUUGGUCAACUCUGUGAAGGUAGUGCCUGGUAUCUCGGACCACAACUGUCCAGUUGCUGAUAUAGACAUGUCACCCCCACGAAGAUACCAGCCAAAGAGGAAAGUUCCCAUGUACAAGAAAGCAGACUGGGAGGGCUUCGCAGAACUCAUGCAACAUGUGGCAGACUACAUAUGUAGCAAGUCAUCCAGUGCAUCAGUCCAUGACCUGUGGCAACUCUUCAAGAGUGGAAUUGAAGGGGGUAUUCAAUCAUUCGUCCCCCACAAGAUGCUCAAACAGAAACAAGACUUGCCGUGGAUUACUAGCGGUAUCCGUAAACUCAUCUAUAAGAGAGAUAGGUUACACAAGCAAGUGACCAGGCUCAGGAAACAGAACAUGCUGGUCCCUUUCCCGCUUGAGACAGAAUUGCAACAUUUGAAACGCCUCAUCCAAGCAGAAUCAAGAAAGGCAUAUUGGAGCCAUCUUGAGUCAAUCUUCACUGCUGAUGGACCCAAUGAGUACGAGGGAAUGAAGAGGUUCUGGAAGUUUGUGAAGAACAAUCGUACUGACCGCUGUGGGAUACAUACUCUGAAAACUGAUGAGCAUACUAUCACUAGCCCCCAGGACAAGGCUGAAGCACUGAACAAACAAUUCAAGAUGGCUUUCACCAAUGAAACUGAUGUUCCCGCUGAUCUCCUUCCUGAAACAUCUCCGUAUGACUCCAUGCCAGACAUCCACAUCUCAACUGAAGGCAUUGUUAAGAUGUUAAAGAAGUUGAAAGUCCGGAAAGCCCCGGGACCAGAUGGAAUACCAGCAUUGGUACUCCGCAAGCUUUCAUGA